CCAGCAUCCCUGGCUUGAUCCUGGCCAGCAUCCUUGGUUUGACCCUGGCCACCAUCCUUGGUUUGACCCUGGCCACCAUCCUUGGUUUGACCCUGGCCACCAUCCUUGGUUUGACCCUGGCCACCAUCCUUGGUUUGACCCUGGCCACCAUCCUUGGUUUGACCCUGGCCACCAUCCUUGGUUUGACCCUGGCCACCAUCCUUGGUUUGACCCUGGCCACCAUCCUUGGUUUGACCCUGGCCACCAUCCUUGGUUUGACCCUGGCCACCAUCCUUGGUUUGACCCUGGCCACCAUCCUUGGUUUGACCCUGGCCACCAUCCUUGGUUUGACCCUGGCCACCAUCCUUGGUUUGACCCUGGCCACCAUCCUUGGUUUGACCCUGGCCACCAUCCUUGGUUUGACCCUGGCCACCAUCCUUGGUUUGACCCUGGCCACCAUCCUUGGUUUGACCCUGGCCACCAUCCUUGGUUUGACCCUGGCCACCAUCCUUGGUUUGACCCUGGCCACCAUCCUUGGUUUGACCCUGGCCACCAUCCUUGGUUUGACCCUGGCCACCAUCCUUGGUUUGACCCUGGCCACCAUCCUUGGUUUGACCCUGGCCACCAUCCUUGGUUUGACCCUGGCCACCAUCCUUGCAUUAAUCCUCUCCGGCAUCCUUGGUUUAAUCCAAGCCGGUCCCCACGCUUGA